GCGUUGGUUCGAUUCUAUAUCGGUGGCCCGACAACGGCUUGGAACCUCGCCUUUGUUCUGGGUCUUACGAGGUUCAAGAAGUGUUCCAGCUGCCACGACCAUUCUGUGGAACUGCGCUGCCAACACCGGGGGAUGUUGAAUGUUGCAAGAAUUCUUCAAAAUAUUGGUCUUUGAUUAUUCCAUGUCUGUCGGAAAGCAAGACUCACGCCUCGCUGUGAGGACUCGCCAAACGAUUGGGUGUAUUGGAAAAUUGAGAAUCAUUACUGAGAAUCUCGCAUCAAGCCCAGUGCACAGCGACGACGAGCUUUGAGAAUCCUUCCCUUCUUUUUUAUGCAGAGGAAAGCGAGCAUACAUUUACUGGAAUACAAGAUAAGACAAAACGGGAUAUAUACAUCGUUGCAUAUUGUUUUUUUCUCUUUUGUGUGCAGCUGUGGGGUUUUAACAAAGAGCACGGCGACCGCCUAGCGUUGCCGCCGCAUCCUGGGAAAACGCUUCGUCGGUAGACAUUCACAAUGGGCUGUACAAUGAGUGCUGAGGAACGGGCCGCCCUGGAAAGGAGCAAAGCGAUAGAGAAAAAUCUGAAAGAAGAUGGAAUUCAGGCAGCUAAGGAUAUAAAACUGUUGCUCCUAGGUGCCGGUGAAUCCGGAAAAAGUACUAUUGUCAAGCAAAUGAAAAUUAUUCAUGAGGGUGGAUUUACGACGGAAGAUAACAAGCAGUACAAACCAGUGGUCUACAGCAACACAAUACAGUCCCUUGUGGCUAUCAUCCGAGCCAUGGGCACUCUAAACAUUCCCUUUGGGGACAAUGAAAGAGAGUCUGAUGCUAAAAUGGUCUUAGAUGUAAUAGCAAGAAUGGAGGACACGGAGCCGUUUUCAGAAGAGUUACUCGGAGCAAUGAAGCGACUGUGGUCAGACAGUGGAGUGCAAGAGUGCUUUGGUAGAUCAAAUGAAUAUCAGCUGAAUGACUCAGCAAAAUACUUUUUAGACGACUUAGACCGUUUAGGGGCAAAAGGUUAUAUGCCAACCGAACAAGAUAUUCUACGAACGCGAGUAAAGACCACUGGCAUCGUUGAAGUUCACUUCACUUUUAAGAAUUUAAAUUUUAAAUUAUUUGAUGUUGGUGGCCAGAGGUCAGAACGGAAAAAAUGGAUUCAUUGUUUCGAAGAUGUUACAGCUAUUAUAUUUUGUGUAGCAAUGAGUGAAUAUGACCAAGUACUACAUGAAGACGAGACAACAAACCGCAUGCAAGAGAGCUUGAAGCUGUUUGAUUCCAUUUGCAACAACAAGUGGUUCACAGACACGUCUAUAAUACUUUUUCUUAACAAAAAGGAUCUGUUUGAAGAGAAGAUCAGAAAAUCCGCACUAACAAUAUGUUUCGCUGAAUAUACAGGCAAACAAACAUAUGAGGAGGCAGCUGCCUAUAUUCAGGCCCAAUUUGAAGCCAAGAACAAGAGUUCAACGAAGGAAAUUUACUGCCAUCAAACAUGUGCGACUGAUACAAACAACAUUCAGUUUGUGUUUGAUGCAGUCACUGAUGUGAUCAUUGCAAACAAUCUCCGAGGCUGUGGUUUGUAUUGACGUGUGCCAGUAAACAAAUAUAUAUAUAUAUAUAUAUAUAUAUAUAUAUAUAUAUAUAUAUAUAUAUAUAUAUAUAUAUGAAGAGCCAAUGUUGUGUUAUCUCAGAAUUGACAGAUCUUCAUUCAGAUUGAAAACAAACAAAAAAGUGCGGGCAGCAAGCCAAAGUCCCGCGCGCGUCACGUGCAACUUUUAUGACAUCAUUUCCGCUGAUUGACGUCACGUCCGCUCACGAACAGGCUUCUUUGUGUGUGAUGAACUGCUCGCAGUGAUAUUCGAGAUGAACACAGUUUCAAAAUCAUUUUUUCCUUCUUUUUUUCCUGCGAGAAGUGGAGAGGACAAGCUUAUAUCCGAGUUAGACUUUAUUGUGUCAGUUUGAUUUCGUUCAUUGUUGAGCUCUAGGAUUAUUUUUUUCUUCGUUUUUUUUUCCAAUUAUUUUUUAUUUUACUUUUUUGCCAGCAGCAACAAAAACACAAACAAACAAAAAAAGACGAGUACAACUGAGUAGUCAUGGUUCCCGUUUUAUGUCAUAUGUGCAAUAUUUGUAAAAGGAGUUGAAACCAUGAUGUGUCUUAAAUAUGAUGGCAUAUUCAGACAACUGUCUGUACUAUUAUUCAAAAUCUCAAGUUGUAUGUGCGCGAGUAAUGAUGAAGGACAAUACACUAAAUUAUAGUCGUCUGCGCAUAAAUAAAUAAAUAUAUAUAUAUAUAUAUAUAUAUAUUUGUGUGUGUGUGCUUCAAUGCCUCCUGUAAGGACUUGUGCACAUAUUAAUAUAGGACGUUAUUUCUCUAUGUUAAAAGAGAGUACGAAAGUGUCUCUACAAGCAGUGCGCAUGCAUAGUGACUAUGAUUUACACUCUUGGCACCAUGGGCCAUCAUGCACCCAAAAAGGACACUGUAUUAGAUGCAUUAUCAUAGUUCUAGGACUUAAUUAUUACCAUUCAACAGAGAGGUCGCGGCAAUAGCUAUUGACACCGAGACAGUCUAUUCCUCGUUGAACCCACGGUAUUGAUGCUAGAUAAGAGAGAACUGAUCUUCCUUUUGAUGGGAUCGGGUAAUGCUGGAGAAAGCAAAUGAUUAAACCCGAAUUGUCGGUAAAAGGGAGCUAUACGUUAAAUAGCAUCAUACAUGGAGCGAACGAGAUGCUGGACCAAACUGCGUUUCUAACUUUUUAUCAUACAUAAUAUAGACCUGCAUUGCAUAAAAGCGAAUUCUGUUUUCAUCCUAGAGCCAUCUUUGCCAUCAGAGAUUUCUGCUGGUACAUAUUCCAUGGAAUCAAUACCUUUUAUCUAGCAGAUCAUCACAAGAAUUUAUCUCUCGACAACCAGAGUUUAAAAUGUCAAACAAUAGUUGUCAGCAUCGUAUACAAUAACAGACAAGUAGGCCUAAGUACCUUGAUGGGAUUCAAACCCAACACACUGAUUUAAACGUCUUUACCAAACACAGACGAAGUCGCCUAUGGAUAGAAGCACAUGGUCUGGCACGAUACGAUUAACCCGGGAUUGCGGCCCUGAGGAACUGUCGAACACUAUCCUGGAUGUAAAAGAUAUGUUGUCAUUAUUAUUCUCUUUUAAGGAAUCUUGCGAGGUCAUUGGCCGCGUGGUCCGUGCUGGCUUUGGAUGUGUCUGGUAAAAGAUAUGUGUACACAUUUGCCUUUGUCCCUUGACAAGCAAUUAUCUGUGAAGCAACUAUCUGUCAAAACACUCAAGACUUGUCUUACAACGGUGUUAAUAGUUACUGUUGUGUCGUUCCUGUUGGGAAAGUGGUCAGAGUACCGUGCAUUUUGGGAUGCACUCUCCAAGAGGGUGACGUCAUACGUUCAUUGUCAUUAAGCGUACAUUGUAAGCUCUCUUUUAUCUUUUCUUUCUGUUUUUUUUCCUUCUUAUUAUCAUUUUAAUUUCAUAGCAAAGGAGCUUGUCAUUUUAUUCUUUUAAUAUUCUGUGUGGUGCAAGGACUUCAUAAUUCUACACUCCUGUGUUGCAAACCAAAUCUUGCAGGUACGUCGUCGUGUGGCAAGUGUUCCGUAUCUUGUAGUUGCCAAAAAAGGAAAGGAUCGAGUGUCGUUAUCUGUAUCUGGACCAGCGAUUCUAGCUCUGUGACGUCGUGUUCUGUGUGACGUCGGGGAUGAAUAUAGCAACUGCUGUCUAGUAGUAGUAUGAAAGACGUGAAACAAAACAAACUCUACCAGACAGACACAGAUUGUGAAAAUAUGUGUAUGCUAGCUGUACGUUUUACCAUCUGUAUGCCUAUAUAGUUCUUCUUUCACAAAAAAAAAUGUAUGUUACAUGUGUCAUUACUGAAAUUCAUUAGUAGCAUUUAUAAUAUUAUGAGCAUGACAGGAUUCGCUGAUUGUACAAAAAGCAUCAAGUUCAGAGUUUCUUUCCUUUCAUGUCUGGAUUAUUUAUUUAUUUAUUUAUUUAUUUAUUAUUAUUGUAAGUAAUAUCAAGCCGGUAAUGGUUAAUCUAAUAUCGAGAACAGCUUGAUCAAGUGUACAGCAAAACAGAUUGCCCAGGGUUGGCCUGAUAGGAUCCGGUGUAGAGGUCGGCUCCUGAAGUCCACCUUUUUUUAACACAUUUUACAUCAACUGAUUUCGUUCAAGCCCAACUGCCCAGUCCUUUUUUCUCCUCAUAUAAGUGAGAUCAACAAAAACCAAGAUACAGUUUGCAAUGAUGGUCAGUCAUACACCAGCAGGUCAGUCAUAGACCAGCAGAUCAGUUGUUAAGUUGAUCAGUGGCAGCUGGAAUUGGCCUCCUGUCUACCAACAGAUAUAUUGAUAGGUUGAUCAGUCAUAUCCCAACAGUUCGACUGCUAGGUUUUCCACGGGCUUAGUCGUGUUUUGCACUUCUUUUUUUAAAACCCACACAAAAUAAACAACCUUUCAGAUAGUUACAAAAAGAGUAAACACAAACAUUGCAAUUCAACAUCUAUUGACCUAAUAAUAAUGACAUAAUCCACAUGGUUUACUUCAGUACAACACUACUUACCAACAAAAAACGUUUGACACCCAAUAGCAGAUGUAUUUUUCAUGCUGGGGUGUCGUUAAACAAUCAUUAAUUCAUUAAAUAAGAACAUUAUAAAUAGGAAACGUUCGACGGUGUAUAUCUCGUAAAUACAAUAAAGUAAAUAAAUAAAUAAAAACCGGCAAUGUGGAAAACUUAAAAAGAAAUUUGGGAUGAGGAUUGUUCAAAAUAUUUUUGUCUCUGAGAAUUCAGAUACAACCCAAAAGAAAGCUCAUCCCAAUGUGGUUUCUCAUUAAGAUUUGAAGCCAUGUAUAUCAAAUAAUAACAAUAGAUCUCACUUUUGUAAAUGUAGUUUUAAAAAGUUACGUCAUUACAGUUACUUGUAAACUGUUUGCAAAGUCAUUUGCAAAUGAUUUAUUAAUUUUAUUAAUUUUAUUUUGUUUUGGGGUGGGGGAAUCGAAAUGUAUGAACUUAUGCUUUCAUAUUUUCUUUUAUUUUAAAGUGAUUUUUUUAAAAUGUUGAUACUAUGAAUGCAGUGUGAAUUGUGCAUGUUGCAUGAUUUUAGUGAAUAACAAGCUGUAAUAAACAAACAAAUCACGCUGCUUAGGAGAAUAAGAUGCAUUGAAAUAACAGUACAUUGUUUCACGCACCUGUAUAGUUUGCGUUAAAGUAGCAUUAUCAUAUUUAUAUACAUUGUGAGGUUUUAUUUUUAUUUGUUUUUAUUUUUUGUUAAUAUUGUUGCUUUUCAUCAUAUUUGUAAAGAAUAUAUUUUCAACUUUAACGUUACGACAAAAGGGACUAAACUCGACAGCUAAUUAAGUUAAUGAAUUUGAGUAAAAAAUGUCUUCAGUUGUAAUCACAAAUCAAAAUCGUAAUGUCACAGUAUGAUAAUGACGAACGUCAAGCAAUAAUUUUUAGUCCAUGACGUCAUGUUACCUGGAAUAAUUUCCAGUCUAUUUCUGAUUUGAUUACGUUUUGUUUUUGUUUUUUAUUGGGCUUUUUAAAAAUUAUUUUUGUUUUUGAGGGGGGUCCAUGCUAGAGAAAAUCUUUUUAAAUGAACACUAAUUAAAAUUGACAAACAAAAUUUAAGUAGAUAAUGCUACUUUAAGAGAUAUCUUAGAUUGUUUUGUAUAAACUGGGUUUACCCAUAAUGUGACCCGCUGACCAUGCACAUUAAGCAUGUGGACAUAUUUAAUUGAAGUCAUAUUAUUGGAAUAAAACUCAUUACAAAAAAUUCCUUUUCUCUGAGAUAUAAUGUAAUACGAGUUUUAAACAAAUGCAUUUAACAUGAUGUAAUAUCAUCCAACAUGUAUAAUAUUGGAAGUAGAUUUUGCAGUCGUUAUUAUUUUUAUUUUGCUCAAUGUUUUGUUAUCAAAAUAUUUAUGGCAUAAUCAAUAUUUGUUGAUAUUUUAAUUUGAGUGUAUUUUAACUUUUUGUAAUUGCAUGUUUUGUUAUUCGAACUGCACUUUUUUUAUGAAAGAAACAUCGCUUUACUUUUUCUUUUGUCUACUGUCAGUGUUCAUAUAAUUAUAUUCUUCAAGACUAUCUAAAGAUCUUUUCCAAAAUUUAAAUGAGACUUGUCGAUUAACCAAUGGGAACACUUCUCUUUUGUGCAAAUUAUUGUAAAUAGUUUGAAAAUACGGCGAUACCAAAAAUAUCGCAUGACAAACCGUCUUUGUAUUCUCAUUAAUGGUUGCUGUGAUCAGUUUCUAAUCAUGUAUCAAUAAUGUUAACACAUGCACAGAACUAUUUUUUGCUGGUAUUUUUGUUUUAUUUCACUUUUGUUCUGCUUUAAUGAGGGACUCUUUUGGCAUGAAUAUUAUACACUUUUUUUCAUGACUUAUAAUUAAGACAAGAUAAUGGGUAUUUUCCCUGGAUUUGUUUUCUCAAAUUGUAAUGUUUUAGACAGUGCCUUUGCUAGUUUUUGCACUAUUUUGGCCUCAGAUUAGUGCGCAGUUCGAGUUAUAGUUCCAGUAUUAUUAGUAUCAAGAACAAUACUAACAAGGGAAAUUAUGAGGUAAAGAUUGACUAGAACGCGGUUUGGAAGUAACAUCGUGUUUUUAAAGAGCUUGGGCCAAUUUCACCAAACAUCGUAAGUUUACAGGUCAGGUCAUACGGUUUAACGUGCACAUUCAGAGCAAGCUGUUGUAGCGCACGCCUGUCAUGGGCGCAGGUGUCGACCUCGGCCGACUCCUUUGUCCAGGACAGGAAAAUAAGUUUACGUCUGCUACUGUAUACCGGGCAUACGUUUGACAUCUUUUACACUGAUUACAUCAUGAUGGAAGAUGGAGAAUUUUAAGGAUAAAAGAAAUUGAAAUAUGUGUACUUCUAACAAUAUGUGUUGUAGUGUAUUAGUAAUAAGAAAAUGCAGUUUAGUCAUAUCUAGGCUUACGAUGUUUUGUGAAGCUGGACCCUGUCUAUUUCAAACUCCUGGCUAGUUCAACCCAGAUCUUGCUCAUAACAACAACUACAACAACAUCAUCAAUAAAAAGCCACUCUAAACUGAUCUUAACCCAUGGUAUAGCACAAUUAAUUAUGACGUUUAUUUGCUUUUGCUAUAAUUUUGAGUAAUGACAGUUCUAUUAAUUUAUGUAUCAAUAAGCAUUUAAUAUAACUCGAAAAAUAUCGUAUUGCGCCUGCAUUAAACAUAUCUAAGCUGAUUCGUGGGGUCAUAGUUAGUGCAUAACCAUGAUUUCAAUCUUGCGGCUGCUUUGGGUGACAUAAGGGUCAAUAUUGUCCUCCCCCCCCCCCCCCCCCCCCACACACAUACACUAAUCUAGGCUGCCCAUCACUGAACGUUCUAACUUCUUUCUUUUUGUUUCUCCUUUCUUCCGUAACUCUUACACCAGACCCCAUCACAUUCAGACAAAAUACACAAAGGGUUGGUUCAAAAACAAAACAAAAAAGUAACAUGGUCCUUGUUCUAGUUUUAGUGCUUCAAUUUUAAUUAAUGUAUUUACUUAAAUGUCAAUUUUAAAAUUAAAUACGCAUUUAGAAUAAGGACCGUGUUUCGGACCAAAGUGUGCUAUACAAAUUAUACUUUCCUGAAAUGACUAUUUAAUAUUUGAAUGGCUGAUUACAAACUUCAUUUAAAUAAUGCCUAUGUGUUCCAUUGUUUCAUCUUUAGAGGGUUUGUGCAAUAUUAUACGCAUCAUGCAUUGUGAAAGAAGACAUCUUGAUGCGUGUGCAAAAUGUAUGUUCACACCUUUUUUUUUCUUCCAGAGUCGUCAUUGGUCGAAGUUAACCACAAUGUAUAUCACUUUUUUUUCUGUUUGUUUGUUUAGUCAGUGUAUAUGGAAGAAUGGAUGUUCUUUAUUAUUGUAUGAAAAAAUUGAUACAUAAACGUUUAUUUAAAUGCUAUUUAUUGUGCAUAUUGGAAACCUCAGAUCAGGGAUCUAUCUGUGAUUGUAGAACAGCCGGUUUCCGUGUUUUAGAGCACACCACAUACCUAUUUAAUCCUUUUUUGUCCGUCAGAUUGUUUAAACCUUUCCACCCUUGAAGUUCAACAUUGAAUUGUUGAACCUUCUGAUAUGGACCAAUACAAAAUAGUCUGUUUAGGGCGCAAGGGUUACCGGAAGUUGUAAAUUUAAAAUUUAUCAUAAAACACCUUUCUUAAUGUGGUAAAGAAUGUAGAUUUUUUUUAUACAUCGUUCUGAUUUCACUUCCGGUUCAUGUCCGACUUCUGGAAGAGCUAGAGGGUAAAAAGGAUUAAAGAAUACAGGUUGCUGUAGAUUUCUUCUAAGAAUACACGCUAUCCACACGCACGUGCAUUGCCCGUUAUGCCCAGAUGGCAAUGAUAGAAACAAAUAUGCUGUUUUAAAGUUAAUUUUCUUGUAUAGCUUGUAAUUUUUACAGUGUGUUUCCUUAAAUUAUCUAUUUUAUAUUGCUGUUGCGAACACGCAUGAUGCGUGUGGGCAGCUAUCUGUUAUUGGAGAAAUUCUUCAGCAACCACGCCCAUUUUGGAGAUUCCAAACGUAAAGCAUACACAAAGUUUGAUUCAUUUUAACAAAGAAUGUUAAACGUUUUACUGUCUUUGUAGAAUCGGCCAGUAAGAUCACCUGCUUUGUACAAAGGCAACAUAUCUUGUUACAUCUUUCUUUAAAUGCAAAAUACAAGGAUCGUGAUGACCGUUUAUCCUUAUAGUGGGUUCUCCAAAAUGAAUGCCGGUGCUAAGUUUAGCCUUGGUAUGAAUUGACAGCUUGUCUUCAAAUGACAAAAUCCUAUAUUGGGAGAGAAAGCCUGUCGCGUUUAGUAAUAUUUUAAAAACUUAUUUCAAACAGGUUUUUACAGCGACCUGUGAGUUUUGAAUGUUAAGAAAUAUGUUUAUGCGCUUCAGACAAGUCCAAAAAUAUUUUUUUGAAGUCAUAUAUGAUUUCUGUCAAGACUUGGCUUUUUAAACGCAGAUGUGCAUUUGGAGAAACACAAAUCCUUGAUACUUCCGAUUCACUAAUAAACUUUGAGUGUUAACUGGAUUUUAUAUUUUAAUGUAUAGAAACUAUAGAAAGCUGCUGGAUUCAUAGCGAACUCUGAAGCUUAGUUUUAUGUAUACAUGUAUAAUGGAUUUUAAAUGAAUGCUUUACACUGUGGUACCGCCAAAAUGGGCAUCGCAGACUCGUCUUAAAUAGAUAAUUAGCUUUGCAUGUCCCUGUUCUAAUGUUAGGUGCGUUUUUAUUUAUUUUGUUUCUUUGUUUUUAGAAUAUUUAUUUUGAAUGAUGAUGCAUAAUCGGACUCACAAUCAAAGUGCAGUCUACUAUUCUGUUGAUCAGAAUGCGAAGAGCUAAUUUAACAACAUAUUUUCUGUAAUUAAGGCAUUGUUUUAUAAACUCUUUUUUUUCUCAUUAAAUUCCACAUUGCGAAUCUCACCUGAACCGUUAUGAAUAUAUGUAUAUAUACAUACAUACAUAUAUAUUAAAUCAUUAAUUUUUGCCACGUUGGCAAUGGUUCAAUCUGUUCGUGGCGUCAUCAUACACAGUCAUGCAGUAACAUGUAUUGUACUUUCAAUAUUGACAAGCUGUAUUUGCAAGCCAUGCCAGCAAAUGGAGGGUCUUAAGAGGCAUAUCUGGUUCUAAAUGGCAACAGUUUUACAACAAACACGUAAAUGUUUGUGUUUAUUUACUACAAUGAAUGUCAUUAAUUGCUUCACGAAACAUAUUGUGUGUAAAGCACUACAACAAAGCCAACUUCUGUAUUUGCAAUCACUAUUCGACAGACCAAGAGGACCUAUGAAAUGUCUCGGAUAUGUUCGAAACUAGCAUUCCGAGUGAGGCUAGUGGCAUUUACGAACGACAUCCGAGGAUUUCCGAAAGGCAAACGUUCUGCGGGGAUAUUUAAGAAGGCAGUUCAUAAUCAAUACAAUCGAUUCCCAUACGUGUAAACAAGUAGCGAAGAGAAUAAGAAAUCUCGCGAUAUUAGCUACAUAUAUUAUGUGCAGUUCUAUAAUGCGAAAUCUUUUGUACUUAAUUACAUUAAUUUCUGUUUUACUUUCAUUGCAAUGUGUCCUAUUUCAUGCUAACACCUAUACAUUUGAAUCAAGCAACCGAGAUUUUUAAAGUUUCAAUCCCCCGCCCCCCGAUCCAGGUGUCUUGUUAAUUAAAUUCAUAUUCGUUUGCUUUUGUUUUCCACGGGGAGAUUAUCAGAAGGGAUGUUUUAAUUGUGGUAGUUGAUAAUAUACAGUAAAUAUGCCAUAACUGCCAAAAUUCAUUUAACGUGGCAUGCAUAUGAUGACAAUAAUUGAUGUUUUUUUCUCGGAUCGAACUAGCGCAACCAUUUUAAAAAUCCAGGUUUCCUAACGACCCCCUUGACAUCAAGAAGUCAGGAUACAUAUUGUAUGAUACACAGUCUUAUAUAACAAUGUCAUGGCAGUUUUCAUAAUGCAAAUCAUCACUAACACAAAUUAUACCCCAUUUUAACAGAAUUCGUAUUUUUUAUUAUUAAUUUACUGUUAACACGAAGCAGAAGCCUCUAUCCCCCGCCACCAAACCCCCCAGUCCAUCUGCACAAAAGCACUAGCAAUGGUCACAUUGAAUACAUUAAGACUUAAAUCAUUUGGAUUUUUAAAAAAUAUAUAUAUUCUUUCAUUUUAUUUUUGUAUGCAGCUGUGACGUUUUUUUAUUGAUUUUAUGUUGAUUUAUUGAUUAUGUAUUUGUCGUAAAAUCAGUAGCUCAAGUAAGUUUUGUGUAGCAAGUGCGUGUAUUUCACGGGAGGAAAAUAAAAAUAAAAAACGAACUGCCUUCGGAAAUCUUGGACAUUUCUGAACACUCGAAGAUGUUUUAAAUGCCUAACCUACGGACUCUAGCCCUCCAAACAGCUGGCUGGCGUCUAUUCGCUGAUCUCUUGUAUACUAGUAAAUGUAGAGAAUUUGCAACAAAAAUGUCAGUGUGUUAUUGUCUCUUCAAUCAACCGGAAUAAAAAACAAACUUAGAAUUUUA